AGCCGAAAGACCAUUUAAAGCGAUAGCAAUCCGAGCCCUCUCCCCAGUGCUGGGCUGUUGAAGAGUGCGAGCCGCGAGCCGGGGAGCGCGAGCGCGGCGCGCGGGCCGGGAACCCGAGAGCGCUCGGAGCCCCAAGCUGGCAGGCGCCGCGGGACCCCCCUUCCUCUCCGGCCGCCCGUUCCCGGGCGCCCCCACCCUCCGUGCCUGCAGGAGUUUUGGGUCUUCCCGGGAAGAGCUCACCCCAAGAAGCCCGGACCCCGGCGAGCCCGCCACGGUCUCCUUCAGCGCCGCCGCCGCCACCGCAGCAGCCGGAGCAGCAUGGUCCAGCUGGGGAAGCUGCUCCGCGUCCUGACUUUGAUGAAGUUCCCCUGCUGCGUGCUGGAGGUGCUCCUGUGCGCUCUGGCGGCGGCGGCACGCGGCCAGGAGAUGUACGCCCCACACUCUAUCCGGAUCGAGGGGGACGUCACCCUCGGGGGGCUGUUCCCUGUGCACGCCAAGGGUCCCAGCGGAGUGCCCUGCGGCGACAUCAAGAGAGAGAACGGGAUCCACAGGCUGGAAGCGAUGCUCUACGCCCUGGACCAGAUCAACAGCGAUCCCAACCUGCUGCCCAACGUGACGCUAGGCGCGCGGAUCCUGGACACUUGUUCCAGGGACACUUACGCGCUCGAACAGUCGCUCACUUUCGUCCAGGCGCUCAUCCAGAAGGACACCUCCGAUGUGCGCUGCACCAACGGGGAGCCUCCGGUCUUUGUCAAGCCGGAGAAAGUAGUUGGAGUGAUUGGGGCUUCGGGGAGUUCGGUCUCCAUCAUGGUAGCCAACAUCCUGAGGCUCUUCCAGAUCCCCCAGAUUAGUUAUGCAUCAACGGCACCCGAGUUAAGUGACGACCGGCGCUAUGACUUCUUCUCUCGCGUGGUUCCACCUGAUUCCUUCCAAGCUCAGGCCAUGGUAGACAUUGUAAAGUUCCUAGGCUGGACUUACGUGUCUACUCUCGCAUCUGAAGGAAGUUAUGGAGAGAAAGGUGUGGAAUCCUUCACACAGAUUUCCAAAGAGGCAGGUGGGCCCUGCAUUGCCCAGUCGGUGAGAAUCCCCCAAGAACGCAAAGACAGGACCAUUGACUUUGACAGAAUCAUCAAGCAGCUCCUGGACACCCCCAACUCCAGGGCCGUCGUGAUCUUUGCCAAUGAUGAAGAUAUAAAGCAGAUCCUUGCAGCAGCCAAAAGAGCUGACCAAGUGGGCCACUUUCUUUGGGUUGGAUCAGACAGCUGGGGAUCCAAAAUAAACCCACUGCACCAGUAUGAAGAUAUUGCGGAAGGAGCCAUCACCAUCCAGCCCAAGCGAGCCACCGUGGAAGGGUUUGAUGCCUAUUUUACGUCUCGCACACUUGAAAACAACAGAAGAAACGUAUGGUUUGCCGAAUACUGGGAAGAAAACUUCAACUGCAAGUUGACGAUUAGUGGGUCAAAGAAAGAAGACACAGAUCGCAAAUGCACAGGACAGGAGAGAAUAGGGAAAGAUUCCAACUAUGAGCAGGAGGGGAAAGUUCAGUUCGUGAUCGACGCUGUCUACGCUAUGGCUCACGCCCUGCAUCACAUGAACAAGGACCUCUGUGCUGACUACCGGGGGGUCUGUCCAGAGAUGGAGCAAGCGGGGGGCAGGAAGUUGUUGAAGUACAUCCGCAAUGUUAAUUUCAAUGGUAGCGCUGGCACCCCAGUGAUGUUCAACAAGAAUGGGGACGCACCUGGGCGUUACGACAUCUUUCAGUACCAGACCACAAACACCACGAGCCCUGGUUACCGUCUGAUUGGACAGUGGACAGAUGAACUUCAGCUCAACAUCGAGGAUAUGCAGUGGGGUAAAGGAGUCCGGGAGAUCCCUCCCUCAGUGUGUACCCUGCCAUGCAAACCCGGCCAAAGAAAGAAGACACAGAAGGGAACUCCUUGCUGUUGGACCUGUGAGCCUUGCGACGGCUACCAGUACCAGCUGAAUGAGAUAACAUGCCAUCAUUGUCCUUAUGAUCAGCGACCCAAUGAAAACCGGACUGGCUGCCAGGAUAUCCCCAUUAUCAAACUGGAGUGGCAUUCCCCCUGGGCUGUCAUCCCUGUCUUCCUAGCAAUGUUGGGGAUCAUUGCCACCAUCUUUGUCAUGGCCACGUUCAUCCGCUACAAUGACACGCCCAUAGUCCGGGCAUCCGGGCGGGAACUCAGCUAUGUUCUGUUGACAGGCAUCUUUCUUUGUUACAUUAUCACUUUCCUGAUGAUAGCCAAGCCUGAUGUGGCAGUGUGUUCUUUCCGGAGAGUUUUCUUGGGCUUGGGGAUGUGCAUCAGUUAUGCAGCCCUCUUGACAAAAACCAAUCGGAUUUAUCGCAUAUUUGAGCAGGGCAAGAAAUCAGUGACAGCUCCCAGGCUCAUAAGCCCGACAUCACAGCUGGCAAUCACUUCCAGUUUAAUAUCAGUUCAACUUCUAGGUGUUUUCAUUUGGUUUGGGGUUGACCCACCCAACAUCAUCGUAGACUAUGAUGAACAUAAGACAAUGAACCCUGAGCAGGCCAGGGGAGUUCUCAAAUGUGACAUUACAGACCUCCAAAUCAUUUGCUCCUUGGGAUAUAGCAUUCUUCUCAUGGUCACAUGUACUGUGUAUGCCAUCAAGACUCGGGGUGUCCCAGAGAAUUUUAAUGAAGCCAAGCCCAUUGGAUUCACUAUGUACACAACAUGUAUAGUAUGGCUUGCCUUCAUCCCAAUUUUUUUUGGCACCGCUCAGUCAGCGGAAAAGCUCUACAUACAAACUACCACGCUCACAAUCUCCAUGAACCUAAGUGCAUCGGUGGCGCUGGGGAUGCUAUACAUGCCGAAAGUGUACAUCAUCAUUUUCCACCCUGAACUCAAUGUCCAGAAACGGAAGCGAAGCUUCAAGGCAGUAGUCACAGCAGCCACCAUGUCAUCACGGCUGUCACACAAACCUAGUGACAGACCCAACGGUGAGGCAAAGACAGAACUCUGUGAGAACGUAGACCCAAACAACUGUAUACCACCGGUAAGAAAGAGUGUACAAAAGUCUGUUACUUGGUACACUAUCCCACCAACAGUAUAGCUUUUACCUGCUUUCUAAAAGGCCCUGCUGCAAAAAAGAAGUAUGUCAGUUAUAAUAACCUGGUUAUCUAACCUGUUCCAUUCCAUGGAACCACGGAGGAGGGAGACCUCAGUUAUUUCGUCACCCAAUCUGGCAUAGGACUCUUUCGGUCCUGCCUGCUACCCAUCACUGGAGGAGCAUCCCCAGCCAGGAGACCAAUGUUAGAGGAUCCAAGUGUCCUACACAGCUGCUUUAUGAAAUAUUCUUACUUUAUCUUGGCUUAAUAAGUCACUGGCAUCAGCACUGCCAACUUGGCUGCAAUUUUGGACCUUCCCGACCAAAGGGAGUGUUGAGACUCAAGUCCCACCAGGCUCUCUAGGAUGAAGCACGGAGAGCCACAGUGACUGUUUCGGGGCUGACCUGUCUUUCUACGUAUGUACUUCCAGGUUGCAAGGUUUUGAAAUUUUCUGUACAGUUUGUGAGGACUUUUGCACUUUACCAUCUGAUGUUGUACCUUGGUUCAUUGUUUGUUUUUGAAUGCCAUGUUUUCAUAGAGCCCUAUUCUCUCAGACACGAAAUCUUGGGGACAUUGUUAAAACAAUGAAAAAUUUAAAAAAGAUCUCGGCAGACUAAAAAAAUACCAAAAAAACAAAAACUUAAAUCACAUAUGUACAUGACUGUAUAAUUACAAUUAUAGUAUCACGGUAAAUCAUGUUACCUUUUUUUUAAGACAUAAAAGGAUACUUAAAGACCAAUAACUGUGCUGAUAAACUAGGCCCCACCUAUCUAUCGUUGGUAACUUAUAAGUCACAUGAAAGGAAGGUAUUGGCUGAACUGAAUAGAGGUCUUGAUCUUUGGGAUGCAUGCCAGUAAUGUAUUUUACAGUACAUGUUAAUACUAUGUUCACUAUUCGUAUUUGUGUUCUCUUUUAUUUUCAUUAGGGUAUAUGAAUAUUUUGCAAUAAUUUUAAUAAUGAUUAAGCUAUUUGGAAAAAAAAGAAUAUGGAUUUUUCAUGUCUUGAGGUUUUGUUCAUGCCCCCAUGACUGACCAGUGUGAUAAGGACUUUUAAAAAAAAAAAGCAUGUAUGUUUUUUACUGUUUGUAAUAAGUACUUUCGUUAAUCUUGCUGCUUAUGUGCCAGUUUAGUGGAAAAACAACCUUGCUGAAAAAAAUCCCCCCUUUCCAUUCUCUUUCAAUUCUGUGAUAUUGUCCAAGAAUGUAUCAAUAAAAUACUUUGGUUAACUUUUUUAUUUUCUGCCAUAAAUAUUUUAGUUGUCUACCCCCUUUUAGGUAGAGUUGAUUUCAUAAAAUCUUAGGGAAGAAUGGGGACUCAAAUGGUUAAAGGAAAAAGCCUUAGCUCACAACUAAAGCUAUAUCUGAAAUGCAUACUCUAAACCCAGAGGUCUAAAUUCUCUUAUAAAAAAGGAGCUAUCACAAAGCCCAUGCAUUUUGUUUUUACAUUAUUGAAGCUGAAACCUGACAAGCUUCAGAUAUUUACUCAGCAAGUUAUCUAUCAAAAAUAACAAAAGUGCUAGAAGAAAGAAAAUAAAGAAGACAUACAAGCUUCCAUAAACAGCACUCUGAGGACAAUUUAGUGAAAAGAUAAACAUCU